AUGAAGGUGUCCAAGUCUAACAAGUAUUACAGCGUCACAGACGCCACCAACGAUGACAACUCCAUUAUUGCUCUUUCCAAUAACACCAUGGAAACCCUACAGCUCUUCCGAGGCGACACCGUACUGGUCAAAGGGAAAAAGCGCAAAGAUACCGUCCUGAUUGUCUUGGCCGAUGACGAUUUGGAUGACGGCUCAGCUCGAAUCAACCGAGUGGUGAGACACAACCUGAGGGUCAAGCAUGGCGACAUCAUCACCGUCCAUCCUUGCCCAGACAUCAAAUAUGCUAAGCGAAUUGCUGUCCUCCCAAUUGCCGAUACAGUUGAAGGCUUGACUGGCUCUCUCUUCGAUGUCUUCCUUGCCCCAUACUUCCGCGAGGCCUACAGACCAGUCCGACAGGGCGAUCUAUUCACUGUUCGUGCCAGCAUGAGACAGGUCGAGUUCAAAGUGGUCGAGGUUGAUCCUCCUGAGUAUGGCAUCGUUGCUCAAGAUACUGUCAUCCACUGUGAAGGUGAUCCAAUCCAACGAGAAGACGAGGAAGGAAACCUUAACGAGGUCGGAUAUGACGAUAUUGGAGGUUGCAGAAAACAGAUGGCUCAGAUCCGAGAAUUGGUUGAGCUUCCUCUCCGCCACCCUCAACUCUUCAAGUCUAUCGGUAUCAAACCCCCACGAGGUAUUCUUAUGUUCGGUCCUCCUGGUACUGGUAAGACCCUCAUGGCACGAGCCGUCGCCAACGAGACCGGUGCUUUCUUCUUCCUCAUUAACGGACCCGAAAUCAUGUCGAAGAUGGCCGGUGAAUCUGAAUCAAAUCUCCGUAAAGCCUUUGAGGAAGCCGAGAAGAACUCCCCCGCCAUCAUUUUCAUCGAUGAAAUCGACUCCAUUGCUCCCAAGCGUGAGAAGACCAACGGCGAAGUCGAACGACGUGUUGUUUCUCAACUGCUCACAUUGAUGGACGGCAUGAAGGCUCGUUCCAACGUUGUGGUCAUGGCUGCCACCAACCGACCCAACUCCAUCGAUCCCGCUCUUCGUCGAUUUGGGCGUUUCGAUCGAGAAGUCGACAUUGGUAUCCCAGACCCCACUGGUCGUCUUGAGAUCCUGCAGAUUCACACCAAGAACAUGAAAUUGGGUGAGGACGUCGAUCUUGAAUCAAUUGCUGCCGAGACCCAUGGUUAUGUUGGCUCUGAUAUUGCGUCUCUUUGCUCUGAGGCCGCCAUGCAACAGAUUCGUGAAAAGAUGGAUCUCAUUGACUUGGAUGAGGAUACCAUUGAUGCAGAGGUCCUAGAUUCAUUAGGCGUUACCAUGGAGAACUUCCGAUUCGCUCUUGGUGUGUCCAAUCCCUCGGCCCUUCGCGAGGUUGCUGUUGUCGAAGUACCCAACGUUCGUUGGGACGACAUUGGUGGGUUGGAAAAUGUCAAGCGCGAACUCAUCGAGUCCGUCCAAUAUCCAGUCGACCACCCAGAGAAAUUCCUCAAGUUUGGUCUUUCUCCGUCUCGAGGUGUGUUGUUCUACGGUCCUCCGGGUACUGGUAAAACCAUGCUUGCCAAGGCUGUCGCCAACGAGUGUGCUGCCAACUUCAUCUCCGUCAAGGGUCCUGAGCUUUUGAGCAUGUGGUUUGGUGAAUCCGAAAGCAACAUUCGAGACAUUUUCGACAAGGCACGUGCAGCAGCACCUUGCGUCGUCUUCCUCGACGAACUUGACUCGAUUGCCAAGUCUCGUGGUGGCUCUCUCGGUGAUGCCGGAGGUGCAUCUGACCGAGUCGUCAACCAGCUCUUGACAGAAAUGGACGGUAUGACAUCGAAGAAAAACGUCUUUGUCAUUGGUGCCACCAAUCGACCUGAACAACUCGAUAACGCUCUAUGCCGACCUGGUCGUCUCGAUACCCUCGUUUACGUCCCUCUUCCCGAUGAGGCCUCUCGUGCAGGUAUUCUCCGAGCUCAGCUCCGAAAGACACCUGUCUCCGAUGACGUAGACAUCAAUUUCAUUGCCAGCAAGACUCAUGGUUUUUCUGGUGCUGACCUGGGCUUUGUGACACAACGUGCCGUCAAGCUUGCCAUCAAACAAUCUAUUGCCCACGACAUUGAGCGACAGAAGGAGCGUGAAGCUGCUGGUGAGGAUGUCAUGGAAGAUGAUGACGAGGAGGACCCAGUUCCAGAACUGACCAAAGCCCAUUUCGAGGAGGCCAUGGCAGCUGCCCGACGAUCUGUCAGCGAUGUCGAAAUCCGACGAUAUGAAGCCUUUGCCCAAGCUAUGAAGCAGAGCGGCGGGAGUGCAUUCUUCAAGUUCCCCAGUGCGGGAGAGAGUGCAGACGCUGCCAAUGGCAAUGGAUUCGGGGACGCUGGCAAUGACGAUAGCUUGUACGACUAA